AAAAAAAAGGCCUCAGCUGUCAACACUGUCCCCGUAGCCGUAACCUCAUCCCCAUCUCCCAGUCCCAGGUUUUCCCCUUCCAAUCACCUCUCCGGUCCUCCCCGGCUCCCCCUCGCGAAUCGCGGCCUCGCGCCGACCGCCGCCUCCUCACAACCGCGGAAGCCGCCUCCCUCUGCAUCCCGCGGCCGCCACCGCGACGCCGCCGCCUUCCCUCUACCUCCCACGGCUCACUGCCCACACGGCACAAGAGCACCUUUCUGUAAACUUAUAACAGGUUUGAAGGAAAGAAUAGUUUUGGUGCUGUGAUUGAUUUCACUGUGAGGAGUGAAAUGAGGCUAAGUAUUGGACAAGUCCAUCGAAAUGUUCUUGCGCUGGCAUCUUCGCGGUCAUGUUUUGUUCUGGGAGAUCGUCUUUCGUUCAGGAUGCUGUCACAGCCACGGGUAGCUGGAUUUCAUCAGACUGCUUGGCGUGGUAGUCAAAUUUUAGAAGAUAAUAGCAGGGGAGGACCAUUAACUCUUGCUAGCCUAGAAGUGCAAAGCAGGGUUGGAUAUGGGAAGAAGGAGAAAGUGGCACGAACUGCAGUUCCAAAGCCAAGUUCAAGAGCUUCUUCUCUCAAUGUGAAACCAAAGGUUUCUUCGAAUGUCAAACCAGCAAAGAGUGCCUUGAUGAAGUCAGCUGGAAUAAAGAAGACACUGAAGGUAGAUGAGGCUAUGUUUUCGGCCAAGUCAUUUGAAGAACUUGGUUUGCCACCUUUGCUUGUUGACCAGUUGAACAAGGAAGGUCUGACUGCUCCAACUGAGGUCCAAUCCGCUGCUAUUCCUAUAAUAGCACAAAAGCAUGAUGUAGUGAUCCAAUCAUAUACUGGCUCAGGGAAAACUCUUGCUUAUCUUCUUCCAAUUCUUUCUGAGAUAGGCCCCCUGAAGAGGACUAUGGAACAAGAUAAUUCUGAGAAAAGAUCAGGUGUAGAAGCAGUCAUUGUUGCUCCUUCCAGAGAAUUAGGAAUGCAGAUUGUGCGAGAAGUGGAGAAGAUUUUGGGUCCUAGUGAUAAAAGACUGGUCCAGCAACUUGUUGGUGGAGCUAAUCGUUCCAGGCAAGAAGAAGCAUUGAAGAAAAACAAGCCACUCAUUGUUGUUGGAACACCUGGCCGUAUUUCUGAAAUUUCAGCAGCAGGUAAGCUACACACCCAUGGCUGCCGUUUUCUUGUACUGGAUGAAGUCGACCAGCUUUUGUCUUUUAAUUACCGUGAAGAUAUGCAUAGAAUUUUGGAGCAUGUUGGAAGGAGAUCUGGUGCCACAUCUAGGGAUGUUCUUGGCCCACUAGCUAGGCGAUCUGAGCGUCAGACUAUCUUGGUUUCUGCAACAAUACCAUUUUCAGUUAUACGAGCAGCAAGGAGUUGGGGUCAUGAUCCAGUUCUCAUUAGAGCUAAGAGUGUAGUUCCACUUGAUUCAGUCACUGUCCCAAGACCUGCGUUAUCCCAAAGUGAUGCUAACUCCACCUCUCCAUCACAGUCAGUGAACCAAGCUGCUGUUGGCAGCUUGCCACCAUCUUUGGAACACUACUAUUGUACAGCCAAGGCGCAACACAAGGUUGACACAUUACGGAGAUGCAUCCAUGCUCUGGAAGCACAGACAGUGAUUGCAUUUAUGAACAACACCAAGCCACUGAAGGAUGUUGUAUUCAAGUUGGAGGCACGCGGUAUCAAAGCCACUGAGCUACAUGGAGAUCUUGGAAAGCUCGCAAGGUCUACAGUUUUGAAAAAGUUCAAGGAUGGUGAAUUCAGAGUUCUCGUUACGAAUGAGCUGUCUGCCAGAGGACUGGACGUGCCAGAAUGUGACCUUGUGGUUAAUCUGGACCUUCCAACUGACUCUACACAUUACGCCCACAGAGCUGGUAGAACCGGGCGUCUUGGGCGGAAAGGGAUUGUGGUCACAAUAUGCGAAGAAAACGAGGGAUUUGUUGUAAGAAAAAUGCGCAAGCAGUUAGCUGUGGCCAUCAAGCCAUGCGAGUUCACUGAAGGCGAGCUUGUUGUUCACAAGGAGGAUGUGGAAUAAAAUCUUCAUAGUGCACAUUGACUACCUCUGUUUACCUGUAGUGUUUUGUAAUAGUAUCGUACAUUAAAAUGCUGUCCUUUGGCCCUUUGCUUGUCCUGCUGAAUUUUCACAUUGCCUGGGUUAAAGUAUUGGAAACAGCAGGCGGCUCUUACCUACCCUUGCAGAGAGAUUCCUGGCAACACGUCUUGUGGUUUACCGGUUUCUAUUUUGAAGUUCUAAACCGACCGUACACUUUCAGUUCUCUGUUUA